UUCCUGGGGGGAGAGCUGCUGCGGGGCGGACCAGCUUGGCGGCUCCAGGGUGAGGGCCGCGCCCCUGCCUCCCGGUUUCGGGGGUUGCCUUCCGGGGCCUCAGAGCUAUGGUGCCGGCCUGGCCCUGCCUAACUGGCUCACCUCAGGCGACGGAGUGAGCCGAGGGCAGGGUCUUGCCCGAGCUGGCUCCAGGCCAGGCCGCGGUUGCCACAUCCUGUGGGAGGAGAGAGCGUCCCGCCCGGGUUCGACGGGCGUACGUCUGGGAACGCCGGGGCCGCUCCGGGCGACUGCGGGGUGCGGAAGCGUCGUCCACAGGGGAUUUCGUUUGUGAGAAGCAGGGCAGCACCACGGGUCCCGGGGACCUCCCGAAGCGCGAGCCUGGGGAACCGGGGGGUUGCCCCCGUGAGGGCUGCCAGAGCCGGGCUUGGGGGCAGUGCCGGGGCCCCGGGGACUGUGGAGAAACGCCUGUGGACCGCCCGCCCGCCCUGUCUUCAGCGCUCUAGAUGAAAUAUAAGGAAAAAAGACAAGCAUGGAAAGUGAGAACACAAAGAAAAUACAAGAAAUGAAGACUGAUCUGAAUUUACUGCUAGAAUGUCUGAAGUAUCACAUGGGCAACCCUUUGUCACAAAAGGAAGUUUUGAUCACUAUUCAUUCAGUUUGUCAACAAAACAGUGAUGCAGGUGUUUAUUUCCGGGAUAUUGGUGGUUUGAUGUUUGUAAAAAAUCUUGCAAAGUCAAGUGAGCAUAGCAUGGUAAAAGAAGCAGCCUUAUACACAUUAGGAUCUAUUGCAGAAGAAAAUGUUUACUGUCAGCAAACUUUGUGUACUUCAGAAUUAUUUCAAGAUUUAACUUUGCUCUUAUCUAAUGAUGAUUCAAACACAAAUUUGAAAAGAAUGUCCAUCUAUGUUCUUUUGGUUCUGGUUUCAAAUAAUAGGAAUGGACAAACGCUUGUAAGAGAAACAGGUUGUAUUGAAGUUCUGUCACAGUUGUUCAGGACAGUUCUUUCAAAUUAUGAGUUGAAUUUGUCAGAUAAUAAUGUUUUCCAGAGUUAUCUGUUGUGGUCUUCAGUGUGUAGUACUCUGUGUGUCUGUGUCAACAAUCCUCAAAAUGAUAAGAAUCAAAUACUUUGUUGUUCACUUUUUCCAUGUGCUAAUGAAUGGCUAAUGAAUUGUAUGAAACCUGAGAUAAUUCGCCCUAUAUGCUCAUUUAUUGGACUUACUCUUGCUAAUAAUACACAUGUUCAGAACUGCUUUGUAUCUUCGGGUGGACUGGAUGUUUUGUCUCAAGUUCUUGUGCAACUGGAGUCUGAUUCACACAAUACUUUUUCCAGUGCUAAGCUUGCAGUGGUAGUGACAAAGACCAUGGAUGCAUGUAUUACUAAUAAUUUAGCUAUUUUUUCAGUGGUAUUAUCCAAAUACCACAUUGUUUCAAAACUUCUGGCAUUACUGCUUCAUGAAAGUCUUGAUUCAGGAGAAAAAUUUAGCAUCAUACUUGCCAUUGGUCACUGCACAGAGGAUUGUGAGGAAAAUCAGUAUGAACUUUUAAAAAGCAAUGGGCUUCCACUAAUGAUUCAAGCCUUAACUGAAUUUAAUAAUGAAGAACUAAACAAAGCUGCUACUUAUGUGCUUCAAAACUGCAAAACAAUUACUGAGAAAUUAUCUCUAAGUCUAGGAGAAAAUUCUUUUGAUGAAAAUGAAGCUGACCAACUAAAGGACAUAAAUGAAAAAGAGAAUCUUGAAGAGCACUGGAAGGCAGCAAAGGAAAUUAUAUGCAGAAUUAAACAAUUGGAAAGAGAAGGAAAAGAGGAGAAAUUACAAAGUGGACAAUAUAAGGAUAAUACCUCAUCUAUGAAAAUAAAAAUACAGAACACUUUGAAACAUCUCUGUGCAGAUAGUAUUGGAGGUACCAAAGCAGAAAAUAAGGAUACUAACCAGUCUAGACAGCGUCCUAGUUAUAAGUCCAGUGGAAUCAUAUCUAAAGCUUGUGCAAAUGAAAAUCAAAUGAAGACUCUGAAAAAGAACACAAAUCCCCUUAAUCCUUGCUAUAGGGAGAGAGGGCAGAAUAAGAGUUUACAUAAAGCCACUUCAAGCUGCACUCAAAUCUUAAAUGAAAAAAUGACCUUUAACCAAAAGGAUUCUGUUUCUCACUCAAGUGACCAUGUUGUCAAACAUCCGACUCACACUGUCAAAAAUAGAAAGCAGCAGGUACCAGUAACAGAUCCAUUUACAUUGUGUUUAGACAUAAUAGAUAAAGAAGUUGGUUUUCAAGCAACUGACAAAAUGUUGAAUUAUAGGUGCUCAGGUUGCAUAGUGGUAAGAAAACUCAACAGCCGAAAUUUUAGCAAGCUUUUGCACUCUUGUGCACACCCAUGUGAUCAUCAUAAAGUUAUUAUGGAAGCUGAAGACAAAUAUAAAAGUGAGCUAAGGAAAGGACUUAUCUGUGACAAAGAAAUUUUGCUGACCCCCCGUAGAAGAAGACAACUUAGUAAAGAAUCUACUGCCCCUGAAGGACUAAAACUUACUCUUAAACAACCAGACCGUCAAAAAUUUCCAGAUUUGGAGGAACAUGCCUGUAAUACCAACAUUCCAGAGGCUAAGGCAAGAAGAUUCCAAGUUCCAGGCCAGCAUGGAAUUCAUAAAAAAAGAAGAAUUCGUAAAAACUUUACCAAAGAAGAAGUAAAUUAUCUUUUCCAUGGAGUUAAAAAAAUGGGAAAUCAUUGGAAUUCAAUUUUGUGGUCUUUUCCCUUUCAACAAGGACGAAGGGCUGUAGAUCUUGCUCACAAAUACCACAAGCUGAUCAGAAGCCCCAACUGUGCAGCCAUGUGAUUAGAAGAGACUCAGUUCUUUGUUUUGACUCUUAAAAUAGAAUUUCUUAGGCGAUACAAAAUGCUAAAUAGUCUUCUAAACUCUUAAGAGACAAGAAAUGAUGAGAGUUCAAGUGAUUUUUGUGAUACAAACUCUUUAAAGCAUCACAAUAAUUUAUAAUCAAAUACAUUUUCAAUGUGAAAAUUAGAUAGAAUUUCUCCAUGAGGCCAAAUAUAGUGUGCCUUUAUAGUCAAAGAACAUAGAUCAGAAGAAAAAAAUUAGCAGCCUUUAAACAUCACCUAACAUUAUAGUGCCACAAAUAGUGUAUGAGACAUUUGCAUUUCAGUAUUUUUGCCUAGUGCCAAUGUCCACUCUAGAACUCAGAAAAUUUCUCAGACUCUUCAAUUAAGGCUCUCACUCAACAAAUAAAUAUUUGACAUUUGUUAAUUGAAAUGAUUCUUCUUAAGAUUAAUUACGAAGUUGUAUUAGCGCUCUCAUAUUCUGUGAUCAAAUUCUUGUUUUGCUAUAUGUUUAUUUGCUUAGUUUAUUCAUUACAUUGUAUUGAUUUAUUGUGUGUAUGUGCAUGAGUACCACAGGGCACAUGUGAAGGCCAGAGAAAACCACUUGCAGAAGUUAAUUUUUUUCCUCCCACUGUGUGCCUCCUAGGGGUCGAACUCAGUUUGUCAGGCGAGGCAGCAAUGCCUUUACCCACCAACCCAUCUUGCUGGUUGCUUUGGUUGUUUUACAGUGUCUCUCACUUCCUGUCCUUCCACAUCUUUUCCCUCAUGUUAAUGAGCCUCAGCUACUUCAUGCUAUAGCUCUCAGGAGCUUAAACACUGCUGGACAUAUUGUCUAUUUGUAAUGUAUGGCCUUAGAAGGGGCUCAACUUCUCUCCUAUACCCAAUUUUAUGAACCUGAUUUUGAUGUCUUUUUACAUUCUGUGUGACCAAUUUUCCAAUAAUAGCUAAUAUAGUGUCAUACCUUUUACAUCAUUUUCAAAUAAUUCUAUCCUGUUUGG